UUUCUCUCUCUCUCUCACACAUUACAAUUUUCUCUCGCUGAUUCACUCACCGAGUUUAUAUCUAAAUUCUAUAACUCCGUACCCACAAAAAAAAUAGUAAUAAAAAUGACCGACCGAGUUCACCCACGCGACUCGCCGCCGCCACAGCCACCGGUUUCAGUAAACGACGAAACAUCCUCGGAGAGUUCCGAACCAAUGUUGACACUCGCCACUCGUCCGAAUCCUUGUCCCGACAAACCCGUUCCUCCACCUGGUACCUACGUGAUCCACAUCCCUAAGGACCAAGUCUACCGUGUUCCUCCGCCGGAAAACGCUGAUCGCUACCAAGCCCUCACUCGCAAAUCCAAAACUCGCCGCCGGCCGUGCUGUCGCUGCCUCUGCUGGUCCUUCGGAAUCCUCGCUUUCCUCCUCGCCCUCCUCGCCGUCUCCGCCGCAAUAUUCUACCUCGUAGUCAAGCCCCGGUCUCCGAAUUACUCCGUCGACGCCAUCUCCGUCUCCGGCCUGAACUUCACCGCCGCCGCCGCCGCCGCGUCAUCAGCUUCUCUAACGGUCUCACCUGAGUUCGACGUUACAGUUAGAGCCGAUAACCCGAACGAGAAGAUCGGGAUCUACUACGAACCGAAGAGCUCCGUCGAGAUCUAUUACGACGACGUUUCUCUCUGUAACGGCGCGGUGCCUUCGUUUUACCAGCCGUCUAAUAACGUGACGGUUUUCGAAACGGCGUUAAAGGGCUCCGGUGUGGUUUUGACCAGUACGGUUAAGAAUUCGUUGUUGCAAGCUCAGAGCCAAGGGAAAGUGCCGUUACUUUUGACGGUUAGAGCUCCGGUUAAAAUUAAAGUGGGGUCCGUUAAGUCUUGGACGAUUACCGUUAAGGUUGACUGUGACAUAACGGUCGAUAGCUUAACGGCCAAUGCUAAAAUAUUUUCUAAGGAUUGUCACUACGGUGUGAAGAUUUGGUAGACAUACUACGUGUUUGGCAGUAUGUUUAUUUUGGUUUUAGAAUUAGGAUUUUUGGUAUAAAUUUUUCUUUUUUAAUUUUUGUGAUUAUGUUAUAGCUUCUUUAUACAGAUUAUGAAAGUAAUAUACACAUUGUUUUAGUUACCA